GAGAGAGCGAGAGAAAAAAAGGAGAGAGCGAGAGAGAUCCUAAAUAGAUUCAGGCACCAACAUUACCUACCUGCUCGAACGCGUCCACGCGCACUCGCUGAGUAGCAAGUCAAUAUAAGGCAGAAAUAAAAAGCAAAAUUGGAAUUGGAGUUUUCAACACGAAGGCUAUUCCUUAAAAAUUUAAAUAGAAGAAUACAGCUUUACUGAAAAAAGCAACAGCCAUGCAUCUAAACAGAGAAGAAGGGAACAGCAAAGGGUAUCUAUCUAUCAGUGUGUUCCUAGUAUCUCUGGGGCUGACAGUGUGUGCCGUGUGGCUAGUAGCUCUGUGUGGAGUCUGCACCUGGUGUCAACGCAAACUGGGGAAGAGGAACAAGCCUGGUGUGGAAGCAGCCAGCACCCCAGAUUCAGUUCAGAUUCGUGGCCGAGGGGAAAACAAAGCCAUCAAUGAUCUAGACAGGGACUUUUGGAAUAACAAUGACAGCAGCAACGUGCAGCAGAGAUGGAGCUCCUACCCGCCCAAGGAGUUCCUCUUAAACAUGUCCCCCUAUGCCCCGUAUGGAGACCCUCGCCUCACGCCCAAUUUUGGGGACCCCUCCCUCUCAGCCGCCUCUACUCUGGAGCACAUUCCAUCCUCUGCAGCAGCCCGUCCUCGUCCCCUGGUGCGACAGCAGAGUCUCCAGCAGCCUCUCAGCCACCAGCCCCCUCCGGGCCCCAAUGACCCCCCAGCCACCUCCCAGAGCCUGGGCCAGCUGCACACAGGGCCCGGGGGCGGGGGGCACCGGGGAGGCCCGCGGGGGGUGCGGGGGAGUCCGGCAGGGACAGGUGCUUCCCGGUACAGAGGAGCAGGAGGAGGACGCUCCAGGUCCAACCCAGGCAGCUGGGACCACAUGAUGGGACAGAUCCGCAACAGAGGACUGGAUGUCAAGUCUUUCCUCGAGGGGAAGAUGGUUGUUCUGUCUCUAGCGAUCGGGCUGGCUGAACAAGAUGACUUCGCCAACCUCCCAGAUCUACAGGAAGCACCAGCGUGCCAAGAAAACUCAACUCCACCGGACAAAUCAAGGUAUCAGCCAGCCUACGAACAAAAAGGCCAGACCCCAGAUGAGGCAGGCCGCCUCGGGAACUCCUCUGUCACAGACCUGACCAACUCUGUCACCACCAGCGACAUUCACAUGCUCUCUCCAGGCUCAGAAGAGGACACAGAAGGGCCUGUGGUUGAGAAGCUGGGCCGGAUUCAGUUCAGUGUGGGCUACAGCUUCCAGGACUCCACCCUGACCGUCAAGAUCCUUACGGGCCAGGAGCUCCCCGCCAAGGACUUCUCUGGCACCUCAGACCCCUUCGUCAAACUCUACCUGCUGCCUGACAAGAAGCACAAGCUGGAGACCAAGGUCAAGAGGAAGAACCUCAACCCUCGCUGGAACGAGACCUUCCUGUUUGAAGGGUUCCCCUAUGAGAAGGUGAUCCAGAGGACCCUCUAUAUGCAGGUGCUGGAUUACGAUCGUUUCAGCAGGAACGACCCCAUCGGGGAGGUGUCCAUUCCCCUUAACAAGGUGGACCUGGGCAACCAGCAGACCUACUGGAAGGAGCUGAAGCCCUGCAGCGACGGCAGCGGGAGUCGAGGAGACCUGCUGGUGUCACUGUGCUACAACCCUCAAGCCAACACCAUCACUGUGACCAUCAUCAAAGCCCGCAACCUCAAAGCCAUGGACAUUGGAGGCACCUCCGAUCCCUAUGUGAAGCUGUGGCUGAUGCACAAGGACAAGCGUGUGGAGAAGAAGAAGACGGUGACAAUGAAGUGCUGUCUGAACCCCGUGUUCAACGAGUCCUUCCCCUUCGACGUCCCCGCCCACGUGCUCCGAGAGACCACCAUCAUCAUCACCGUCAUGGACAAGGACAAGCUCAGUCGCAACGACGUCAUCGGCAAGAUCUAUCUCUCGUGGAAGAGUGGUCCGGCGGAGGUGAAGCACUGGAAGGACAUGAUGGGUAAACCUCGUAAUGCCGUGCAGCAGUGGCAUGCCCUCAAGGCCUGAUACUGUAGGUCCAUCAUAUCCACCCAGACCACCCCAGCCCCCUGCCCUGCCCUCCCACCCUAUCGUUAUGCACAAGGCUGACUCGCUGCAGAACAUGGGUACAAAUAGCCAUCCAACGCAUCCACCCUACACAUCCACACUCUCCUCCUGCCUGUCCUCUCUCAGAUCCCUAAUGAACUUCUCCUUCCUCUAGUCUUGUUGCUUUUAAGUCAUACCUUCUUCUCAACCAUUGUUUUUUCUCCUUGGUCCACCUUUACUCUGUUUCACUUUGGAGCAGUACACUCUGCCAGCCCUAGGGUGAGCCUCAGCCACCAACAAAAACAGGUUCAAAUAGACCAUAUAAGAACCCUGCGUAAGGAGCUGGUGAAGGGCCUGUCUUUCAGGAAACAUUAUAUCUGUGACUGUGUGACAGACUGACCGACAAGGAAUCCAGUUCCACCAUUAAUCCUGUGUCUCUCCAUUGUUCUCCUGCGGCAGUGAGGGGAGGCUUCUUCUCUCCCUAAUCACUGCUCUCUCUGUCGUCAGAAGCAAUCUGGUUGGCUGUUCAUUAUUGUUUUUUUGCUUCCCACGUUGACCCUUUGGUCCGUUCCCUUCUGCAAACACACAGAGAAUAUAACAGGAAGGAUUGAUAGAGAGAGAGAGGCAAACCAAUGGAAUAGAAGAGGGCUGGACUGUCUGGAUGAUAAUGGAAUUAGACGUGACACUGUCACUCCACCCCGUUCAUCACCUCUGAUCUCUUUCUCUCCCACCACUGUAGUGAUUCUUCCCUGGCUGGACCCCCUUUAUGUCUGUGCGUGCUGUGGGUGAUGUGCUGUAACUCCAAAUGAAGUUCUAGAUGAAAAAAGGAGAAAAUGACUGAUCAUUUACACUGGUCCAUGGGGGAAAUGUAAAAAGACGUUCCUAUUUUCUGGAGAGAAAAAAAAGAAUGACAGAAAAAGAGUAGAGUCAUCAAUGUUGUGUUUUGUUUUUAAAAAGCCUAAAGAGACCAAUCAAAAUGUUCUUCCAGAGACAGUAAAUAGAAGCAAAAAGACAGCUAUUAUUCUGUCGUAUUCUCUCUCUGUGUGUGUGUGUGUGUGUGUGUGUGUGUGUGUGUGUGUGUGUGUGUGUGUGUGUGUGUGUGUGUGUGUGUGUGUGUGUGUGUGUGUGUGUGUGUGUGUGUGUGUGUGUGUGUGUGUGUGUGUGUGUGUGUGUGUGUGUGUGUGUGUGUGUCUGUGUGAGAAAGUUAGAGUGUGAAUGCGAGUGCGCGUGUGUGAAAGUAUUGGGCUUGCACUGCUAUCAAAUGAAUAAAGACAAUAUUACUGAUAAUAAUGAUGACAAUAAUAAUCAUCAGUAUUCUACUGGAUAUGUUUGAAGACUUGGAGAGGUCACAGCAGCUAAGCAGUGACAGAGAGAGAGGGGUACAGUCUGUAGGGUAGUGCCUGCAACCUGGUGUGGAACCGUAAGCAGAGGAGGAACUUGACAUGAACCACCAGCCUUCAUCUGAGCUGCUUUCUCUCAAUUGCAUCAUCCACUGCAGAUAACCAUAAAUAAAUGCCCCUCUUCCAACCGAGUCAGUUUUGUUUCUAAUGGAGAACUAAGCCAAUUGAUCUUGUCCCCAUCAAGGUUGGUAACGUUACCUGUUUGUCUCUCUCAGUAAUUUUGUGUAAUUCUGCCUGUCUGUUGGAACGUGUGUCUGUCAGUUGGUCUGUAAGUCAUUUAGUCAACAUCUUAUUCAUUAGUGUGCAUGUUACAGAACACAUUGUUUUAAGAAUGUUAGUAGAUAAAUGUUUAGGGUCUUAGUGGAAGGCUGUUCCAUUACUGGCCAAACCCCCUCUGCUCUGUCCUGCUCCAGAUGUUAGAUAAUUAGGGUGUUAGUGGGUCUUCAGGAUCAGGGCUGUUUAAUUACAGACCAAACCCCCUCUGCUCUGUCCUGCUCCUGAUGUUAGAUAGUUGGGUGUUAGUGGGUCUUCAGGACCACGGCUGUUACGGACCAAACCCCCUCUGUUCUGUCCUGCUUCAGGACCAGGCUGUUCCAUUACUGGCCAGACCCCCUCUGCCCUGUGCUGCUCCUGAUGUCAUCCUGGUGUGACCUGUUCCAAGAUUAAGUUUCUCUCUCAUCACACAAUGGGCUGAAUGAUAGCUACAAGAGUAAUAAUAUCAACUAAACCUAUUUUCUGUUUACAUUUGACUGUUUAUUUGUGUCUACUGAAUGUGUGUGUGUGUGUGUUUGCAAUGUGUGUAUGAGUGUGUCAACAUCUGACUGUUUGUGUUUACUGUGUAUGUACAGUGCUUUGCGAAAGUAUU